GGCGGUUUGGACAGACGACACCACCAUUGGUCGAGUUUUUGAAAGAUAUCCUAAGGAGGUAUCCUGAAGGUGGACAAAUUUUGAAAGAGCUGAUACAGAAUGCUGAGGAUGCUGGAGCCACAGAGGUUAAGUUUAUGUACGAUGAGAAAGAGUAUGGAGUGGAGUCACUUUGGUCACAUGACAUGGCUCAGUAUCAAGGAACGGCCUUGUAUGUGUAUAAUGAUGCAGUGUUCACGACUGAGGAUUGGAAUGGAAUUCAGGAGAUAGCAAGGAGCAGAAAGAGAGAUGAUCCUUUGAAAGUUGGACGAUUUGGUAUUGGGUUCAACUCUGUAUACCACAUAACAGAUGUCCCCAGUAUAUUCAGUGGAGAACAGAUCGGCAUGCUGGACCCUCACCAGACGCUGUUUGGUGCCCAUGAGUCUGGGCAGUGUUGGAAUCUGAAGACAGACAUGAAGGAGAUCACAGAGCUCACUGACCAGUUUGCACCCUAUGUUGGCUUAUUUGGAAACUCCGGUAAAACUAUCAAGGACGGCAGCUUCUCUGGAACUCUGUUCCGCUUCCCCCUCCGCAUUAAACCCUCCCAGCUGAGCGCCAACAUCUACAACAAAGAGAAGGUGCUGGAGCUCUUCGAGUCUUUCAAAGCCGACGCUGACACAGUUCUUCUCUUCCUCAAGAGUGUUCAGAAGGUCUCCCUGCAUGUGCGUGAGUCAGACGGUACAGAACGCAUGCUUUUCCAGGUGACCGCAGGAGAAAACCCAGAAGACAAGCUAGAGCGUCCUAACUCUCUAAAGACCCUGGGCCUGGCCACAGACAGCUACAGCAACGGAGUGCCCAGCGGUACUGUCACGUGCGCCACCUACCAGGUCAACAUCGAGACCCAGGACGAGACAGCCAAGGAGACCCAGAGGACCACCUGGCUGGUGUGUAAUGGAGUGGGGGGUCGGGGCUUGUGCAGUGACUUGGACUCCCUGGCAGAUGACCUGAAGUUCAUCCCCACCAUCGGCAUCGCCCUUCCUCUCACCCGCAUUGAUGAGGACAAGGGCGCCACGUCUGGUUUCUCAGGGCGAGCGUUCUGCUUCCUGCCUCUCCCCCCUGGAGAGGAGAGCCUGACGGGGCUGCCAGUCCACGUCAGCGGCUUCUUCGGCCUCACAGACAAUCGCAGGAGCAUCAAAUGGCGGGAGGUGGACCAGUGGAGGGACCCUGCAGCGCUCUGGAAUGAGCUACUCAUCGUCACCGUCAUCCCCAGGGCCUAUUUCACCCUCAUCAUGGAGGCCAUCAAGAGGAUCCAGACCAAGACGGACCAAGACUUCCCCCUCUCCCCCAGAGGUGCAUAUGGGGCCUGGCCAGACCCCAACCAGAUCAAGCCUCGCUGGAAGCCCAUACUGGAGCCUCUGUUUCAUGACUUGCUACAGCAGCAGGUCAUCUACUCUCUCACUAACAGCUGGAUCCAGGUGGAUGAGGCUGUGUUUUCGGAGCUGGACACUGAUGUGCACACCACAGAGAUGGUUAUCAGCUACCUCCAAAGCUCAGGGAUGCAGGUGGCCAGGGUGCCUGCUGCUGUGGAUACGGUUGUGAACACGUACGUGACUGGUCCUGCCUCUGUGAAGAAGGUGACCCCUCCCCUGGUGCGGCAGGUGAUCAGGAAGGCCAAACACAAAGGGUCCUCUCAGGAGAAACUGCUUCUGCUGGAGUUUGUCCUCAGCGACAAUAGUUACAGCGACCUAAUUGGUCUAGAGCUGCUGCCGUUGCAAGAUGAGACAUUUGCAGCGUUCUCCUCCUCUGUCAGUGAUAAGGAUGCAGUUUACAUUGCUUCAGAAGAGUACCCCAGGUCUCUUUACCCUGGACUGGAGGGACGAUUCAUACUGGAGGGCAUUAAACCAUCAGUUAUGAGCAGCCUGAAGGAUGCAGCCAAAAGCAGAGGAAGACCCUGCACUCAGGUACAAUUGCUAACACCUGAACGGUCAGCUCGACUCAUAAAAGAGAUCCUCUCAACAGUCUGGCCUACCAGAGACUUCACAGUCCAGUGGGAACCUGGGAACCGAGAGAAGAAGCAUCCUACACAUGCUUGGCUAAAGAUGGUUUGGAAGCAUCUGUAUAUUAACUUUGCUGAUGACCUUAGUACCUUUGAAGACAUGCCUUUGAUCCCAAAUGUGCCCCUGGUGGAAAAUGUGAACUCAAUCGAGCUCCAUCGUCUCAAAACUCCAUCCCCUAUUAUCAUUGUGGAUGAGGAGGAGGCCCCACUCUCUGAAAGCCUUCUUGAAAUCAUGAAAAAACUUGGAGUAGUAGUAAUGAAAAGGUUGGACCUGUGUUUGCAGCAUCCUCUACUGAAGAACUACAUCCAUCCUUCAUCUCCCAGUAUGCUACUGCAAAUCAUGGACAGGUCAUCAACCCAGAGAGUCGCCAGCCUGGUCUCAUCUUUCUCUAGCAAACAGAAAGUGGCACUGAGGGACUUCCUGGCAGGACUGUCUGACAUUACAGAGAAAGAGAAGCGUAUCCUCCUGGAGCUGACCAUCUUUGAGAAAGUAGGGCCUUGUUCAGAGAAAGGCAUCCCAACAUAUACCUCACUGAGAGGAGCCAGGGCUUUACACCAUACUGCCAAGUAUCCACCAGAUGUCAAACUAUCCAUCAAUGUUGUGGGCUGCAGUGAUGAGGCAUCGAUUCGUCUCAUUAAGAUGCUGACCGUGGAACAGGUGAAAACCACUGAAUGCUUGAAGUUGGUUGUUCAAGACAUGGAGAAAGGGUUUUACUCAAAAGAGGAUAUCAGUAAAAUCAUGCUCUGGGCCCUUAAGCAUCUGUCAUUCCUAAAGAAUGAAAACAAAGCUGUGAUUGGAUGGCUUUCGGCUCUAAAGUUCAUUCAUACAUUUGCAGGGAAAUCUGUUGCUGCUACAGACCUUUUUGACCCUGAGCUGGAGAUUUUACAGAAUCUGUUCUACAUGGAGGAGAAGAAUAGGUUUCCCACAAAUACAUAUGCAUCCUCUCCUGAUAUGCUACAUUCACUGAGACAACUUGGACUUAAAAGUGAAGUGCAACUCAGCGAAAAAGAUGUACUUCAUGUGGCACAGAAGAUCGAGGAAUUACAGGGUGGCAACGAGCCAGAAUGGGAACCAGUUAUACAGAAAGCGAAAACACUGCUGCAAAUUCUGAAUAGACAAACCAAGCUGGUCAAGUCUUCAGAAGCUCAGACAUCCUUGCAAAAACUGAAAUGGGUGCCAGUCUGCAAGGACAGACCUGUAAAUUACCCAAAGUCGCUUGCCUGGAUGGGAGACACCCAUAACAUCUGCUCAUUCUCAGAAAUGUGCGAUAUAUCCCAUGCAGUGCUGGUAGGCUCUUCAGUUGCACUUGUGGAGCGCACUUCUUCCGGCAUGAAGAAGGCCCUGAAGUUAUCUAUAGAGCCACAGAUUGAUCAAGUGUUACAGCAUUUAAAGGCAGUGAAUGACUGGCACAGAUCUCAAGCAUUUACCACAGAAGACUGGUAUCAAUUCCAACAGAUCCUUAUUGAGAUUUAUGAUUUCAUGCAAGCACACCUUGAAGAUGCAAGAGAGGCAAUGAAGUCACUGCCAUUUGAUUGGGUGUGGACUGGCAAGACCUUCUCAUCACCAAGCCACACAGUUCUAAAACCCAUUGCUGACCUAGAUUUGCAACCCUACCUGUACUCUUUGCCAAAGACCAUAGCAAAGUUUCACACACUUUUCAAAUUCUGUGGUUCGGUUGAAGAGGUUGUCCCAAACCAUGUCUUCGAUGUGAUCAAAACAGUAAGGCAAAGGUGUGAGGAAGAAAUGACACAAGAAGAAAGUAAGCAUGAUCUCCUCCUCCUGAUAAAUAUUCUGAGAUGGCUGUAUAACAGUCACAUUUCUGUGGACAUUGACAUGCAUGUACCAAUCCUUUGCUAUAAGGAUCCAAGCAAACUGGCCAUGAAACCCAUUCACGAAUGCACCUACUGCGACAUUAAAGUGGAGGAUCUACAUGACUUGCUUGAUGAUACAUCAGAACCCAUUAUCUUAGUCCAUGAUGACAUCCCCAUGAAAACAGCAGAAUGGCUUAACGUACCAUGUUUGAGUACAAGACUGAUAAACCCAGAAAACCUUGGCUUUGAACAAUCAGGCCAACGGGAGCCUCUGACAGUGAGAAUAAAGAACAUUCUAGAAGAAUAUCCAUCUGUCGCAGAUAUUUUCAAAGAACUUCUUCAGAAUGCAGAUGAUGCGAGUGCUACAGAGUGUAGCUUCCUGAUAGACAUGCGGAAGAAUAUUGACAUUCGAGAGAACCUGCUUGACCCUGGCAUGAUUAUAUGCCAUGGCCCCUCCUUGUGGUCAUUCAACAAUUCUACAUUCUCUGACACUGACUUUCUGAACAUAACAAGGUUAGGUGGGUCAAUGAAGAGAUGUGAGGCAGACAAAGUUGGCAAAUUUGGCCUAGGUUUCAACUCAGUUUAUCACAUCACUGACAUCCCCAUCAUAAUGAGUAGAGAGUUCAUGAUCAUGUUCGAUCCAAACAUCAACCACAUCAGCAAACACAUUAGAGACCGGUCAAACCCAGGAAUCAAGAUCAACUGGAGCAAACAACAGAAACGGCUACGAAAGUUCCCCAAUCAAUUCAAACCCUUCAUCAAUGUCUUCAAUUGCCAACUUCCUCUUGCACAAGAGUCUCCGUACAAGUACGAUGGAACACUGUUCAGACUCCCCUUCAGGACUGAGCAAGAGGCAUCAGUGAGUGAAAUCAGCAGUGUCUACUACAACACCCCAGACAUCUACUCCCUUGUUGAUGAGUUCAGUAUAUGUGGCCACCGGCUCAUUCUCUUCACACAGCAUGUGGGCUCCAUGGUACUGAAGUACCUGAAAUAUGAAGAGCCCAAUCCAGCAGCAGCACAGGAUGUUGUUACUAUCAAUAAAAGUGUAUGGUCAUCCAAAGCUGCAUAUGGGCCUCUGAGCAUCCUGAAAUCUGCAGCAAAAGUCAUGAAAAAGGUUGCAACCACCAACAGGGUACCGGCUGACACUCCCAAGUCUGGCUGUAUCAUACGCAUUGUGGUGGAGGAGUUUCACAAUGUGUUCAAGCGCAUAGUUGAUCUCCAGUCACCCCUCUUCAGAGGUUCAGAGGAGGAUCCUUCCUCAUACUUUGAAAUGGCUGCCAAAGACGGAAAGAACAGAAGACUCACAGACGAAAUGCCCCAAAAGGCAGUUGAUCUUACAAACUGGCUCAUUUGUUCAUGUAUGGAUGUGACCGAAGCGCUAAAAUUUUCACUUGGUGAGAGUGGAAAACGACUUGGACUAGUGCCUUGUGGGGGUGUAGCUGUUCUGCUCUCAGAGGAGGAGAAUCGAAAAUGGACAGUGAAGGCAAACACCAACCACACCAACCCGAUAGGAGAGGUGUUUUGCUAUUUACCUCUCAGAAUCAAGACAGGCUUGCCAGUUCAUAUAAACGGCUGUUUUGCUGUGACAUCUAACCGCAAAGAGAUCUGGAAGACGGACACCAAAGGACACUGGAACUCAGUGUUCAUGAGACAUGUGAUUGUCCAGGCAUACAUAGCAGCACUCAAUAUGCUGCGUUCAAUGGCAGAAAGUGGAGAACUACUUGACUACAGCUACUAUGUAGCAUGGCCUGAUCCAAGUGUGGUACACGAUGACUUUACAGUGAUCAGCCAAGGAGUCUACCAAGAGAUUGCCAAAGGGGGUGACUGUGACCAUGCAAAGGUUUUCUCAGAUGGCAAAACCUGGGUAUCAAUCAAGUAUGUCAGAUUCCUAGAUGACUCCUUGCUCAGUAGACCAGACAUUGGUCCUGCUGCUUUCAAGAUUUUCCUAAAAUACCUCAAGAAGAGCAGCUCGCAAGACCUCUGUGCUGUUGAGCUGCCUGAAUGGGUCAAAGAAGGUUUUGAUGAUGCUGGAUGCAAAGGGAAGCUGAUAGAGAACACCCUGACAGAAAAGCAGUUCUUCUUAGAUGUCUUUUUCCCCCAUAUCCAAGACAUCGACAACGAACUUCGUAAUCCCCUAAUGCAUUAUGUCUUGAAUGACAAACUGGAGGAAUUUGCAUCAAUUCUUAGGGAGACUCCAUGCAUCCCAUGCUCUGGCCCCAAUCAACAAUUAGUCUUACCAUCCAGACUAAUCCAUCCAGAAGGAAGAGUUGCAAAACUGUACAACGCUGAUGAUGGAAGAUUUCCAGAAGGAACCUCGAAAGACUACAUGAAUCCAGUGUGCUUGGUCAAGCUAGUACAGCUGGGAAUGGUCAAAGAUGACCUCUCUUGGGAGGAUUUGAUUGAUCGUGCUGAAUCUGUGUUCGAUCUAAAUGAAAAUGAUCACACUGCUGCAUGUCUUCGGAGCAGCAUUAUUCUCAGUCUCAUUGAUGAGAAGCUGAAAAUGACAGACUCAGGAGCAGGUAAACUACUGGAGAAGCUACAGGACAUAAAGUUCCUUCCUUUUCUGACAAAGCCCGCAGGGUUUUCACUACCAUGGCAUGGAAAUACAUUCCCCCCGUCCACCAUGUUUUCUGCCAAAGAGCUCUUUACGACUGACCACCAGGACACAGUGUGCUUGAUGAAGCCCAUCCUUAAUGAGAACUCUCCAUCUUUCAAAGGGUGCGGCCCGAUCACAUUGGCUGUAAAAGACUCUCUCGGAUUGAUAAGAAAGCCAACAGUUGGACUAGUUGUCAGUCAACUUAAGGAACUUGCUAAGUCAUUUGACGGAGUUACUUUAUAUCAGGAAAAUAUUACCAAUGCCUGCUACAAAUACCUACAUGAAGAAAUGCUCCAGGAUGCCAAAGCAAAGACAGAGAUCAAUGAGGAGCUGAAAACCUUUUGCUCCAUUCUGGUGGAGAACACUUACGUUGAGCCCUCCAAAGUUGCAUUCUACCAGAACUUUGAUGCAGCACCAUAUCUCUACCAGCUUCCCAACAAGUACAGAAACAGUUGCCGUGAGCUCUUUGAGAAUGUUGGGGUUCAGUCAAGCUUCACAGUUGAGAACUUUUCAGCUGUCCUUGAAUUAGUGAAACAGGAGUGUGGGAGAAGAGCACUCUCUGAGGAUAGCUUUCAGCUCUCUCGCAGAAUCAUUAGUGAAGGAAUAUGGGGCUUAAUCAGAGACAAAAAACAAGAAUUCUGCCAAGCCACCUACAGGGAAAUUCUCCUUCCUGACAUCCAUCUUACACUGCAGCCAUCAAAGUCUCUGUGUUACAAUGACUGUCCUUGGAUCAAAGUCAGAGACACAACUGUGAAAUAUUGCCAUGCAGAUAUUCCAAGAGAGGUUGCUGUGAAAUUAGGAGCAGUUCCCAAACGUCACAAAGCCCUGGAAAGGUAUGCCUCAAAUAUCUGCUUCACUACUCUUGGAAGUGAGUUUGGACAAAAAGAGAAACUCACAAGUAGAAUUAAAAGUAUUCUCAACGCUUACCCAUCAGAAAAGGAAAUGCUAAAGGAGCUCCUGCAGAAUGCAGAUGAUGCUAAAGCCACUGAAAUCUACUUUGUGUUCGAUCCAAGAACCCACCCCACAGACAGAAUAUUUGAUGACAAAUGGUUGCCAAUGCAAGGCCCAUCAUUGUGUGUCUACAACAAUCAGCCUUUCACUGAGGAUGAUGUCAGAGGAAUCCAGAACCUAGGAAGAGGAACAAAAGAAGCAAACCCUGGCAAAACUGGACAAUAUGGCAUAGGAUUCAACUCUGUGUAUCACAUCACAGACUGCCCAUCUUUCAUGUCAAACAAUGACAUUCUUUGCAUCUUCGAUCCACAUGCACGAUAUGCACCCGGGGCGACAUCUGUUAGUCCGGGAAGAAUGUUUAGGGACUUGGACUCUGACUUUAGAUCUCAAUUCUCUGACGUGCUAAAUCUUUACCUGGGAUCUCAUUUCAAACUUGAACAUUGCACAAUGUUCAGAUUCCCCAUACGCUCAACAGAAAUGGCCAAAAUAUCAGAGAUCAGCUCUGUUCCUGCAUCAGACAGAAUGGUGCAAAACCUUCUGGAUAAACUAAAAACCGAUGGGGCAGAACUCCUCAUGUUCCUCAACCACAUGGAGAAAAUUUCCAUCUGUGAAAUAGAGAAAGCCUCAGGAGACCUGAAGGUGCUAUACUCUGUGACUGCUAAAAUCACAGAUGGUGACCGUCUAAAACGCAAGCAAUUUCACACAUCAGUGGUGGAUAGUGUGACAAAAAGGAAGCAGCUCACUCAAAUUCCAGUCCAACAGAUAACCUACUCAAUGGAUAUAGAGGACUCCGAUGGCAAUCUAACAACUUGGAUGGUCUGCAAUCGAUCUGGCUUCUCCUGCAUCGAGAAAGUCUCAAAGAGUGUGAUUUCAGCCCACAAAAAUGAAGACAUUACUCUCUUUCCACGUGGAGGGGUGGCUGCAUGUGUAAGCCACAACUACAAGAAGCCCCACAGAGCAUUCUGCUUUCUGCCCCUUUCAAUGGAGACUGGCUUGCCCUUUCAUGUUAAUGGCCAUUUUGCAUUAGAUUCUGCCAGGAGAAACCUAUGGCGGGACGACAAUGGAGUAGGAGUGAGGAGUGACUGGAACAACAACUUGAUGACAUCGUUGAUAGCUCCUGCCUAUGUGGAGCUGUUGAUUCAGCUGAAACGACAGUACUUCCCGGGACCCGAUCCCACCAUGACUGUGUUACAGGGAACACCAAUUCACAUCGUUAAAGACACUUUGAGGAAAUUCCUGUACUUCUUCCCAGUCAACAGACUUGACAUCCAGCCAGAUUGGUACUGUCUUGUCAAAGCAGUUUACACCUGCAUUCAUGCUGACCUGAAACGUCUCCUUCCUGUCGUUAGGGCUCCCCACAUUGACAACACAGACAUGCACUCUGCCGUAUACAUCUCCUGGGUGAACACAUCCUCUGCCAACAAAGGUCGUGCAUUCUUUGACAAUCUACUGCAGGAUGAACUUCAACAUCUGAAGAACACAGAAUACAACAUCUCCUCACGCAAGUCUGUUGCAGAAAACAUCUUCCGACUCAAGGCCUUGCUUUCGGAUGUGGGCUUCAACUUGGUCCACAGUUGUGAUGAAACAGCAAGUCUUUACUUCUGUUUGGAUGAUGCAGGCAUUCCUGUGAGCUAUGUUACCCCAGAGGAUGUACGAAGAUUUCUCCUCACAUUCUCGUCCCCAGACACAUCUUGCCAAGUUGGGAAACUUCCCUGUCGACUCCAGCAGUCGAAUUACAAGCUCUUCCACAGCCUGAAGCUUCUGGUUGACUACUGCUUCAAAGACGUAGAGGAGAAUGAAAUCAACAUAGAGGGGCUACCACUGCUGAUGACAAUGGACAACAUACUCCAGGUGUUUGAUUCCAAGAAACCAAAGUUUCUGUCCACACACCACGAACUGAUCUCAUCAAGGAAAGAGCUGUUCAUGAAUACACUGUACAUAAAGUACAACAACAUCCUGAUGAAUUCAGGUGUUGCAAAGGUCUUCGACAUCAGCAGUUUUGGGGAACUGUUGAGUUCUGUUCUACCACGUGAAUACAGAACAAGAAUCCCUGUGAAGUGGAGAGACAGCUACGCCAGUGAGUCUUGGCUGAAAGGUGCGUGGAACUUCAUCAGUGAGAACAUUGCAGUCAAGGAAGAGCAGGCAGGCAUCAAACCCAAUUUCGAGACUGUACUUGAGCUACUGAAAGACUGGGCUUUGCUGCCAGGAAUCAAAUUCAUGGUUUCAAGCAACAAGCUGGUUGUCCCUGAUCACGAUGUGUUGCUUCCCUUGAGUUUGAUAAGCGCAGCUAUCUUUCCAAAUGGGCAAAAUGACAAAGUCUUUCACAUCAUAAUGAAAGGGGGAUGCAUUCAGCUUGCUGUCAACAAAAUAUGCUUCAAAGAGAAUCCUGUCCUGCCUUUUCUGGCACAGCAUACAGCAAACAUAGACAAUCCAUCCAGCAUCCUCAAAGCACUGGAGUACAUGAUUCAGACGGCAGCUUUCAAAACAGGAAGCUUAACUGACAAAGACUUUGAGGCUCUUCUGUUGUACUUCAACUGUAAUUUGAUCAACCUCUCCCAAGAGGACAUUCAAACUCUGAAAUUGCUCCCAUGCUUCAAAGCAGUCAGUGGCAGAUACAUCAGUAUUGCAAACUUUGGGUCAUGCUAUGUUCUGGCAAAAAGCAUUCCCUCUGCAGAUAUGGAAAAAUGGGCCCAUACAACAUCCUUCGCCUUCCUUGCUGACAAUCCACAAUUGAAGGAACUGUACAGUUUCCUUGGAUGUUUCCCAAUUGAUGAUCUGGAAGUCUACCUGAGGCAUCUCCUUCCAAAGUUUGACAGCCUGUCAUACGAUGCAAAAAUUGAGCACCUUGUAUAUCUGAAGGAGAGACUUUUGGCAAUGGAGGAGUCAUGUGGGAUGAAGGAUCAGCUGUAUGACAAACUGGAAGGUCUGCCAUUAAUCUAUGACCACACCAACAGACUCAGGUCUACCAAAAUGUUCUACGAUCAAACUAUAAAGGUGUUCGAAGUGAUGCUCUCUCCAAAAGCAUUCAUACCCAAUGACUUUUUCAAGAAGGUUGAGCAAGUGUCAAAGCCAAAAAAUGGAACAGCAUUUCUCACCUCAUGGAUCACAUUCCUAAGGAAUAUAGGUCUCAAACACAUUGUCUCUCAACAGCAAAUUCUCCAGUAUGCAAAAGAAGUCAGCAUCAAAGCUCAAACAGAGAACUGGUCCAAAGAAAAAGCCCAAAUGAUUGUUGAUGUUCUCCUUAACCACAUAUUCAAUGAGAGGACAGACCUAUUUGUUGGAGCUUUCCUCAAAGAGCUGUCAAUGAUAGCAUUCCUUUGUCCUGAGCGUGCACCCACUGAGCUGAUCCGGCUCCAUGCUCAAUUCCAAGAGAUGAAUGGCACUCUCCCUCUGAUACGUUUCAGUGAGUCUCAAGUCAAUCCAAAAUUCAAACAAACUGAUAUCAUUCAAUUGCUAUGGACAUCAUGUCCCAUUCUCCCAGAGAAGGCCACACCAGCAGCCAUUAAAGACCAGGAGGGAAGCACACUGACUGGCCAAGAACAACUGGACUUAGUGCUGCAGAUAUUAAGUGUCAACUUGGAACCCCCCUUGGACAAAGUGAUAAGCAACUGCAAAAAUAUCUGCAACAUAUCCAAUCCUGACGAUGACAUGGUGAAAACAAGAAACAAAGUCUUGAGAUCCACCUACGAAUUUCUCAAUGCAGAUAAAAGAGACUUUCGCUUGCAGCUACUAGGGGUGAGUUUUGUCAUGGUUGAGGAGGGCUGGAAACUUCUAAAGCCAGAGGAGGUUGUUAUCAACUUGGACAAUGAAUCUGACUUCAAGCCAUACCUAUACAAACUACCACUAGAGCUUGGCAUCUUCCAUCAGAUGUUUAAGCUUUUGGGCACAGAGGAUGUUGUAUCAACAAAACAAUACGCUGAAGUGCUGUGCCGCAUUCACAGAAAUUCAGAGGGUAAGCAGCUCGAUCCGAAUGAAAUGAGAACUGUGAAAAGGGCUGUCUCAGGGCUAUUCAAAAGCCUACAGAAUGACCCAGUUCAGAUACGCAAAGACCUUGAGAGCCUCAAAGAUUUUAUAUUUUACCUGCCAAGUCACGAUGGUAGAUUAACCAAAUCCAACAGUUUAGUGUUUGACGAUGCCCCACAUUACAAGAGCAGAAUUCAGGGUAAUGUAGGUGUUCAGAUGCUUGUGGACAUGAGUCAGUGUUAUCUUGGCAAGGACCAUUCCUUCCACACAAAGCUGAUCAUGCUGCUCCCACAGAAGCUAAGGCCAAGACUCCUGAGUAGUAUCCUCGAGGAGCAACUGGAUGAGGAGUCUCCCAAAAUGUGCCAGUUUGGAGCUCUCUGUUCGCUUCAGGGUCGCCUUCAACUUCUACUGUCAUCAGAACAGUUCAUCACAGGACUGAUACGAAUAAUGAAGCAUGAAAAUGACAAUGCAUUCCUUGUGAAUGAAGAAAAAGCCAUACGAUUGUGCAAAGCACUUUGUGAGGGAUUGAAGGUGUCUUGUUUUGAGAAACUCCAGACGACACUAAGAGUGAAAGGUUGCAGCCCUAUCCCACAUAGCCGGAGUGAAACUCUUGCCUUCCUGAAAAGGUACGGGACAGCUGUGAUUCAUCUCUACAUCCAACACUCAGACAGCAAAGACAUCAAUUUUCUCUUAGCACUGGCGAUGACACUAAAAUCUGCAACAGACAACUUGAUAUCUGACACCUCCUAUCUAAUUGCUAUGCUGGGCUGUAACGACAUCUACAGAAUCACAGAGAAGCUGGACAACCUUGGCGUCAAGUAUGACUCCACAGAGGCCUCAAAACUCGAGCUUCCUCUCCCUGGAACACCCAUACCAGCUGAGAUACACCAUAUACUCCUUAUGGAUCCAAUGAAUGUGUUUUACCCAGGAGAAUAUGUGGGUUACCUUGUGGACUCUGAAGGAGGGGAUGUCUAUGGUGGAUAUCAGCCCACGUACACGUAUGCCAUCAUUGUUCAAGAAGUAGAGAAAGAUGAGGAGGACAACCCAAGCUUCCUUGGGAAAUGCUUCCAAAUUGACAUUGGAUAUAGUGAGUACAAAAUAGUCAGUUCUCUUGAUCUGUACAAAUUCUCUAGACAAGAGGAAAGUACUCAUAUCCGAGACAGCAGAGCCCCAUCGACUCCAACAACCCCCCAAGAAUGUCAAUCUCCUGGUCCUGGUCCACGAUUGGUGCCUCCCCUUUUUACUAGAAAGGAAAAUCACAAAGUACCUCCCACAAAACAAUCUCCCAAAAAGAUAAGACUUAGUGCAUUGCCAGAAAUCCUAAAAGAUAUGACUUUAGUUAUUGAGCAAGCUUGGAAACUCGCUGAAACGGAAAGGAAGAAGAUCAUUCGCCGGUUGUAUCUCAAGUGGCAUCCGGACAAGAAUGCAGAGAAUCUAGACGUAGCUACAGAGGUCUUCAAGCAUUUACAGAAUGAAAUCAACAGGAUGGAGAAGCAGACUCUGACAGAUCAGCAGAACACUGACCGAGCAUCCAGGAGAACUUUCUCAACUUCUUCCACCCGCUUCCAGUCAGAGAAGUUUUCAUUUCAAAGAUUUUACACAUCGUGGAACCAAGAGGCAACAAGCCAUAAGUCUGAGAAACAGCAGUUCCGGGAGCAGUUCACUACUUAUGCAGGUUCAUCACAUUCUAAUCGCUUCUUUGUGCCCCCGACCUUCAAGUCUGUUGGCAAUCCUAUGGAAGCCCGCAGGUGGCUCAGGCAAGCAAGAGCCAACUUUUCUGCUGCACGGAAUGACCUUCACAAAAAUGCCAAUGAGUGGGUGUGUUUCAAAUGCUACCUAGCUACGAAACUAGCCUUGAUAGCUGCCGACUAUUCUGUCAGAGGGAAAUCAGAUAAGGAUGUGAAACCCACCUCACUGGCACAGAAAGUGGAGGAGUACAACCCACAGCUAGCAGGACUUGCCAAGGAUGUCAACAUCUUGGAGGGAUAUGGUGUGGACAGCCUAAGAACUCGCUAUCCUGACCUCUUACCCUUUCCCCAGAUCCCCAAUGACAGAUUCACGUCUGAGGUGGCAAUGAGAGUGAUGGAAUGUACAGCACGGAUCAUCAUCAAACUUGAAACUUUUGUGCAACAAAAAAUCUAAUUCUGCCAUGUGAUUGGAACAUAUUAGACCAUUUAAAUAAAACAAAUAUGCAUAGAUCCACUGAACAACAGAAGAUUAUAGUAGCUGUGUGCAAUACUGAUUAGUAUAUUAUUGUUUUGAGGCAAAAUGAAGUAUCCAGCUGGCAGCUUAGAUAUGCAGCACGCCAGUACCAAUAUUGGUUCUGUGGCCAAUGCAUAAUGUAUACAUGUAUGGCUCUUCAUAUCCUAACAACAAGCUGCCUGAAAGUAAUUUGAUGUGGCUGAACCAUUCUACAAAGACAUAAAUUAUCUUUAGCUGCAAUGCUGUACAUACAAAUGCCCCAGCAAUACUUUUUUUAACCAAAGUCCCAUGUUGAAUAUAUUUGCUCUCAGAUAAUUGAGUACAACUAUGCUGCUUUUUUACUUGACCUUUUAUACAAGUAUAUUUUUCCUGCCAUUUGUCUGUAUUUUGUUUGUUACCAUCUAUAAAGUCAAGUUUAUUGAUUCUUGACAAUUCUCUCAUGUUGUCACUGUUGUCAUGCAGUGUGUUCUAUUUGCAACAUCUGAAAAUCAACCAACACAAUUACAAUCCUAUUUGUACUUUUAAAAUGUCAUUUUUAUAUUUUAAAGGUGGUUUAUUUUUUAUUUCUAAUAAGUUGUAAAUGUUCUGUAUCAUAGUCUUUGCUUGUAAAUGGACAAAGCCCUAUCUGAAAACUCCUCCGGUUCUUGCACUUGUAGAGUGCUUGUGACACCCCAGCAGAUUGGGAGAAAUAGACUGAAUGGAAAAUUCUGAAUGUUACUUCUAGCUUUCAUGCAUCUAUACUUUAGAUUCUGUUUUAUCAUCAUUGACUGUGUCUCCACUGAACUGUUUGUCGGUUUAUCAUACUUUGAAUGGUGUCUUUUAGGAGCACAACUGUACACUACAUCUACUGUAAUUAUCUGUAUGCUGACGAGUAUGUAUGAUACAUCAGGUACUUUUUGUAGUACUCACGAUAAGUAAGCAGUUACUUGCUUUGAAAACGUCAUGGGUCAAAAUGAUUAAUUACGGAUUGGGCUGACCAAAAUGAUUUAGGGCAAGAAUUCAUCCUUAAGAAAAAUCUUGAUUACCAUAACGAAGAUCCAUGGUGUUCUAUAGAUAGGUAAUGUAACACAUGUUUAUUUUGCCAAAGUUGAAUCAAGCUCUGUUUCAUUUGGUUGUCUGAUCUUUUCAUAUUAGAGGAAUAUUGCAGGUGGCAUCCUUGUGUGGUGCCUGUUUUUGUUAAUUUUCAUGAAUGAUGUUUGGGACUAGAAAUCCACUGGCAACAUAUUGUUGAUACACUAAAAAGACAUGUUUUUUUGUGUUUUUUUUCAUAUGUUUAAUGCCAAGGGGAAUCCUUUGAAGAGAUCUUUGACAAACUUUAGCAGAGGAAAAUGUAAAUCUUGAUGUAUGCAGUGCCACAGUUAAUAAAUUCCCCCCACGUAAA